AUGGGAGACGUGAUUCUAUCUAUUAUAGUACUUCUCACAUUUACCAUCGUCUUCAAUCGAUGCUAUAAAGUGCUAUGGUAUAAGCUGCCGCGUUUGUUCGAACUUACUGGAACGACGGAAGCGUCUAAUGAAUACUCAGAAAUGACAAAUGGUAUAACUCGAAAUGAUAAUAAAUUCCUUUACAAGUUUCAUACUGAAUAUUCAUUGUCAUCAGCCACUGUAUCCAACUUCAUUAGGGUAAUUGUUUCAGGGACAUUCGGAUUAUGUAUUGUAGCCAUAGAAAUUGUUAUUUGGCAAAUUAAAACGGCUGAUGACGAGUAUAAAGGAGGUAUAUUGACUACUUGGUUAUGGCCUAUAUUAAUUCUAUUACUUUCAUUAUCUUUAAUAUUGGUUCAGCCAUUUUGUAUUCUGAUUACUUUGUUUGAUAAGUUUCUGGACUGGAGAUGGAAUGUUAAACCGCUUUUGGUUCCAAGUUGUUUAGCUACGAUAACUUGGAUCUUUCUCCUGCAUUAUGUGACUUUAGGUCCUUUUUAUUUUACUGGGAAUUUAUUAACGAAGCUUUCUAUUCUGGGGGUUACAAUAAUGAGUACUUUAUCGGGAGUUGCAUCCAUUUCUACACUGUACUACGUGGUUAUGUUCUUUAUAGACGGGAAUGAGAAUGCUGCCACGAUGUUGAAUAAUGUGUACCAUCGCGUGGCUUUUAAUUUUGUUGGCACUGCAAAGUUGAGGGAGAGGAUGGCUAACCAUAAGGCCGCUGUUGAGGAAAGUAUUGCUGUGAUGAAGGAAGUAAAUGAUCCAUCUAGUGUGCAUGAUUCACUGAUCCGGGAGCAGUUGAUAGAGAAGAUUGCUUGGUAUCAAUUGGAAAUUUCUAGGAUAGAGAAACUCUUACAGGAGUCAAGAGAGGUACGUUUAGCGAAACGAAUGUUCCAUUGUGUGUUUCUACUGUACUGCACAUAUAAGCUGAUCUCGACAUUUUUUAUAAGGUUGCCAACGAUAAUAUUUCAUGCAUUUAAGUUCCCAUCAGACUACAAUUAUGAAAACCUAUACGAGGGUCCUGAAGCUAAUACUGGUGAUCCCCUCGCCGUGACUCUAGCGAAUAUCUUCGACUUUUUUAUCUUCAGAUUUACACACCAGCAGGAUUUGGAUGCUCUGACAAAGCAAGUUUCACUUCUUCUUUCAAUCAGUUUGUUCAUAUGCUCACUGUCGACUGUCACGACCACUAUCUCGUAUCUUCUAACUUUGCUUCCUAUGAAGCUUCAACUAUUGACAUUAUCCACACUACAAGACAAUAAUGUAGCAACUCUACCUGUUACUACACGUGAACCGGAAAAUAAGUGUACUGGAAAUCCUUCUAUCAUUAAGAAUUUGAUAGUAUCCGAACUAACUGGUGUUUAUAUUAUUUCUACGAUUUUAAUGGUGCGGUCCAAUUUGCCUUAUGAUGUAUCAAAAAGAUUAAAUGAACUGUUGGGCGAGAAGUUCGCCGUACCGGACAUAGUGAUUGACGUGUGGUUUGACAAAGUGUUUGCACUGAGUUCGAUACUAACAUUCACUGGGAUUGUGAUAGCCGGCGUAGCUAUUAAAAAGACUUUAUAA